GUAGAGUCGCAGUCAGUGUUAAACUGAAGCGAGGUGGAGAGUGCAUUGUGCAUUAACGUCUACGCAUCUGGAAAUUAUUUUUUGGGUUUCUGUUUUUUUACUUUACAUUGUGGAUAUUGGCAUUAAGAAACUCUUGGAAGAUGAAAACAGAAAUUAAAUCUUCUAAAGCGAAGUCCCAGAGUAAAUCUCUGUUCAUGGACGACAGCGAUUUUAGCGCGGCUCUGUGUGAGUUUGAUGCCGUGAUCGAAGACUUCUCAUCUCCCGUGCACAAGCGGCGCUUCCGAUACGAUGAGCAUUUGCAGACUAUGAAGAGAAGGAGCAGCGCCAGCGUCAGUGACAGCGGCAUCAGUGACUCAGACAGUGGAGAGUGCCUUUACAGAAACAGCUUCAGCUUCAGCGAUGAAAAGCUAAACUCGCCAGCUAUCUACUCUCCAACCCUGGCUUCACCAGCAGUGACAUCCCCAAGAGCAAAGCUUGGGGACACAAAAGAACUGGAAGACUUUAUUGCAGAUCUUGACCGAACCUUAGCAAAUAUGUGACUGGGAAGAGAGUGCAGCACAUCACUGAAUCGGAGGCUCCGAAAGUCUUAAAGCGGAUACUUAGGGAAUGGGGAACGUCGACCUCUAGAAGCAAAAAAGAAAAACCCCAAAAGAUGGUCCUACGCUCACUUCUGUUUCUUUGGAGAAUACUGGAAGAUGUGUGUGUUUGGCGGAUGGCAUUUUAAAACUCUCCGUCGAAUGCAUUCUGCAGUUGAUAUAGUUUUCUUGUUGGAUUACGGGACUGUGUUGUAUUUUUACUCAAUACUUGAGAUGAAUAGAGUUUGAAAUUUUACAGAGAAGAGUAAUUCUAAUUUUUUAGAGUUCUUUAUAAUUUAAUUGAUGCUUUUUUCGCAUUAAAUUAUAUUUUUGUAUCCUGAAUUAAAAAGAAAAAAAAUCGGGGUUGUAAUGCUAUUGUACAGUACAUAAAUAUUGUUUGAUUAUAAUUUUUGUGAAUAUGUGUAAAAAGUUUAUGAAAAAAUAAAAUAUUUAUCGUGUUAAGUUCCUGUUCAGACUCCAGUAAAGAAAGCUUAGCUUUUACAGUAUCUUCACUCACAGAGCCCUGCAUUGCAAGCAGGCCGGCUGGGACGCUACGUCAGCCGCUGAGCUCUCCUUGCAUUUCACCUGUCACUGCCCUGUGGCUGGGAAGCAGUAGAUGCUAACGUUUGUGGCUGCUAAGUCCACGCUGACUAAUCUUACAAGCACAUGUCUUCUUCCUAACACUUUUGAAUAUUAUUUAUCAGUUUCAUUCAGCAUCUUAAUUCUGUAGUGACUGGUGGCUGCCUGUAGUUUAACAUGUAGGGCUUCAUAUUUGUACUCAGACACACAAAUGUCUGCAUACUGCGUAUGUGUGAUGUCAUGUCUGUAGAACACCUAGUGAAGCACGCCAGGUUUCUGUCUACUAGUAGGUUUUAGGAGUUUUGUUUCUAUACAAUGUGUUAUAGAAGAAUGGAGGCUGCUGAGAGGAGUGUUUGAAAGUGUGAUUUAAAUUGAUUGGAAACUUUCACAUUAAGUUAAUUUCAGAGCAAACAGGGUCUAAUAUUUAAGUGCCCCCUCAGGUAUUUGCUUUAUUCUUGCUCAGAAGGAUUUUUGUAAAGCUGACAUAGGGUUUAAACAUCCAUUUUUUUUAACAAAGGAGCAAGCUAGUUGAAUUUUGUUUUGAAGUAGCAGAUUUUAACCUUUUACUAUGACCACAAAAACCCUGCAUUUCUGUUAACUUUUAAGAAGUGAAUGGAUGUUUCUUUCUUAUUUCUUUGUACUUGAAUGUACUUUACUGUUCAGCAUGAAACAUAAUAAAAAAUCUACUUUAUAGAAUGU